CUCAAAACAAUUAAGCAGUACACUUUCAACAUGAAGAUUUUCUUAUUUGUUUUGUCUAUCCUGGAACGAGCCCUAACUUCUGCCAACCACCAAGAACUUCCUCGCGGUCAUGGAGAAGAACUUGGCAAACACAGAGACAGCGAUGGGCAUGUAGAGAUUUUACAACAACUUCCAUCGCCUCAGGAGUUUUGGGACCAAUAUGCAAGUUUGCGAAAACCUGUUGUUUUUCGCGGAGCAGCUAAAAAAUUUCCUGCUUUCCAUUUAUGGACUGAUCAAUAUUUAAAAGACAAUUAUGGCGAGUUAGAAGUUAAACUGGAGGCUAAACGCGAGAAAGAUCAUGUUCCUGUUGGAGAAAGGGGUCUUGGUCGUGACACGAUUCGUAGUUUUCUGGAAACUUAUCAACAGAAAGAUUCCUAUACUGUGUCUCAGCUGCCAGAUCCGUUGUCAACAGAAGUUUUCGUGUUACCCUCCCUGAUGUGUGGUUCUUUCAGUGAGAGAAUUUUAGAAGCAAAUCUUUGGUUGAGUUCGGGCGGAACUCGCAGUAUGUUGCAUAAAGAUGCAGACAAUGCCAUUAAUUGCUUGCUCAAUGGCACCAAAGACUGGAUACUCAUUCACCCAGAAAACGAACAAAACAUACCAGUUGCUGAUGGGGACAGAGGCUAUGGAGGGUUUGCCACAUUGGAUGUUCAAAGUGUAAAUCUUAUCAAAUAUCCCAAAUUCAAACAAGUUAGAUGGCAGUAUGCAAAUAUGACACCAGGAGAUUGCCUGUUCUUGCCUUACAGUUACUGGCAUCAAGUGCGAUCAUAUGGCUCAAAGAACAUGGCUGUUUCAGUUCUGUUCUCACGCCUGACAGAGUUUGACCCUAUUGGAUGUGAGAGUGCCAAGCUAGAGUACACACCCCUGUCUGAUGUGAACAUGGUAUGGACCUACCCAGGACAUGGCCCACAAACCAUGGGGAACUUAGAUCCAUUUGAAAUGAAAGAUCAUUAUAUCAGUUUUGUGGAAAGUAAGAAAAGUAAGAGACUGGACAUAGAAGACUUUUUUCAACUACUUACUGAAGGUGAAGUUAUGGAAGAACAUGAAGAUGUUAGAAGAAACAUCGCUGAAAAAGUUGUUACAAUAAUGGAUGCUGAAAACAAAGGUUAUGUCACCAAACAAGACAUUGAGGCCCUUACAAUAGAACAAGUGAAACAAGUGGCAAAUGAGAUUGAUCCAGACCCUGCAAACACUGAGGAAUAUGAAUUUGCUGUUUUUGAUCUGAAGGAAGUCAAGUCUGUUUUUAACCAAGCUUUGCAAGAUGGACAUGGAAAACUGACAAAGGACAACUUGAUAGCACGUUACGAGGAUUUUGGUGGCUCUGCUAAAGUGGCGAAGGAACUUUACAACAUGCUUCAGCCAAAAAAUGCAGAUUUUGUGUCAGAAGAAGAACUGAGGGAGCGUCUUGACCAUGUCUUGAAGCUUUAUUUGAAAAAGAAAGAUGAUGAUAAAUCAGGAAUUUUCUAUGAAAAAGAAUUGGCUGAAGAUAAAGAGAUCAUGAAACAAACACAUCUACCAUCAGAUAGCUUGGAUUCCAUACACAGAGAAUCAACACACUCUGAGCUGUGAUUUUCCAAAAAAGCACUUCUUGAUAAGCCCACCAAAGUUUGUUUUGUUGUCAGAAAAAUGCCUUGGUUUUUUUGGCAAGUAAAAUAAGCUUUUCACAGUAAAUUAUAAACAAUUUCGGGAAAUAUUUCCUGAAAAUUUUCUGUAUUUAUAAUACUGAACAAAAAAGUAAAGUGAAUAUGCUAACUAAUUAAAAGUUACUUCCUGUAGGAAGGAGAAGUGAAUA